AUGGCUGCACCUAACAUCUCUGUGCUAGUUCCACUCCAGCCAUUUCACCCAUGCCAACUUUGUCUGCCAAUCCCGCGCCAAUACAUCGACCACGCGGGACUGGUUAGGCACCUUAAGCGUGAACACAAUGUCACGCUGUCCUUCGAAUGCCGAGCUUGCGGUCUUAUCCAGGACAAGUUGAAGACGCUUAAACACCACCAACAGCGCUCUGACUCGUGCCGCUCAUGCAUUGAGGCGCUGUCUCCUCCAACCCCUCCUCCACCAGUGAGCCGUCGCAUCCGCAUCCCGCUCAGACCGAGGAAGACUUAUCAACGAAGGACCAUUCGCCCACCCAACAGCUCCACUCCGAGUUCCAGUGUGCAGCCUACUGACAACUGCCCGUCAAGCUCCACCAGCAAGCACACCAGAAGGACUACACGCUCCAGUGACCGGACCAUUGUGCACCCCGCACUGUCAUCACCUGCACCUGCCCUCACACCUGCCCCCAGCAGUCCUAUCUUUACAGGUGUCACCACUCCGUCACCGGCCGGCCGUCAACGCAGCCGUCCAUCUCCUGCCGUUCCAAUUUGCCAGUCCACACCCCCCAUGGCUCCUCCACCACCGUCUUUGCCUCCAGCGGUCCAACUGCCAUCCCCUGGACCAGACACUGGGUCGCCUCUGGCCUGGAACGCUCGCACUAAUGCCAUGACUUGCACUCCUCCGACUACGGCCCCUGUGGCGCCUCCUCGCACCCCCGACCAGAUGGACUCUCAGCCCGCACCUAGUUCGGUCACCGCCUGGUGCGACAGAUUCAGCGUCGCGCUCGACGAGGACAUGUUGGACAAUAUGGUGGACGACCUGGUCACACUCGCCCACAACAUCUGUAACGUGUCGCCCUACCGUCCUCCUCUGAACGGCGACCACCCCUCAAGGGACAUCACCAACGACGCAAGGCUAAUCCAAUGCCUUUACCGGAGAAACAGGACUAAAGCCGUCUCUAUCAUUACUGAUGGACAGCCUACCUACUGUCGCAUAGACAGAAGUUUCGUGCAACAACACUUCACCACCAUCUAUGCUAACACCCUACACUCAUGUGGGUCCUAUCCUUCCUUUCUCCCUACAGCCCACAAGCCAACCGACGACAACCCUCUAGUGGCUGCAUUUUCUCCCGCCGAAGUCAGCACAAGGCUCCAACGAAGCCACAACACGGCGCCCGGACCAGAUGGCCUCAGGUACCAUCAUUGGCUCAGGACCUAUCCAAAGGGUAUCAUCUUGUGCAGCGCUUUCAACGCCGCUCUCCGUCUCCUACACAUCCCCUCCAACUGGAGGCACUCUAACACAAUUCUUAUUCACAAGCGUGGCGACCAACAUCAAAUCGACAACUGGAGACCAAUUGCGCUCUCCAACACCUUCGGCAAAACCUUCUCGGCGUGCCUUGCCAGCAGAUUCCUGUCGUGGUGUACCACCAACAACAUCUUCUCUGGCGCUCAAAAAGGCUUCCUUCGCCACGAGGGGUGCUUCGAUCAUAGUUUUCUUUUACAGGCUAUUAUCCAAAUAGCAAGAAGGACGCGGAGCAACUGCCAUAUCGCAUGGCUCGACCUGGCCAACGCAUUUGGUUCUGUUCCGCACGACACCAUCCUCGCCUGCCUCCACUGGUGCGGACUUCACCCUGACAGCGUAAACGUCAUUCGUGAACUGCUAAAAGACAACUUUACCAGCAUCCGCGCCCACGACGGCUUGACAGAGAGCAUUCCCAUCAAUUCUGGAGUUCGUCAGGGCUGUCCCCUCAGCCCCCUCCUGUUCAACGUAGUGGUCGAAACAGCGAUCAGAAGCAUCACUGAAUUACAUCACGGCUACAAACUCCAUGGCGAAGAGAUCAACAUCUUAGCAUACGCAGAUGACCUAGUACUGAUCAGCUCAACACCAGACGGGCUGCAACAACAACUAGAUCGGCUUACAGAUUGGGCCAAAUGGGCAGGACUCAACUUCAAACCAGGUAAGUGUGCCACACUAUCUGUCCUAGGUGAAAAGCACACCUCCAGCGAUGACACCUUCACGCUCGACGGGCAACAACUUCCCAACCUCCAACGGGACGAAUCCUACACUUACCUGGGCAUCCCCACCGGCUUUUCUAACAAACACACCAACGACAGUGUGAUCUCCAACCUGAUUGAAGACAUCUCUAAGCUGGACCGCGCCAAACUCGCCCCCUGGCAAAAGUUUGACGCGCUAAACACCAUCCUGCUGCCCAAAUUGACUUUUCAUCUACUUCUAGGCACCAAUCCAAAAAAGAGACUUUACGACUUCGACCGCCACAUAAAAAAGUGCGCUAAACGAUGGCUCAACCUGCCGCAGCGGGCAAGUCCUGAGCUCAUCCACCUGUUCUACGACCGAGGUGGCACCAACAUCCCGCCCUGUAGCAGUCUUGCGGACAUCUGUCAACUUACGCACGCCGCCCACCUCUUCGACUCCAGGGACCCGAUGGUCACCGCCAUUGCUCUAGGUACUCUACGCAACGUAGUAAGACAUCGCAUCCGUAGAGUGCCGACAGACGAUGACAUCAGAGCAUUCCUCGACGGAUCCAUGGAAGGAGACAUAGGCCUACCAUCGAAAGACAUCACCUCUUCCUGGGCCAGACUGCAUGCUGCCACAAGACGCUUGCGCAAAAACAUCAACAUCUCAUGGCACUACACGGGCACUUCGUUCGUCCUGACCACUGGUGGAAACAUCAUCCCACGUCACGCCUGUACCAAAGUUCUAACGGCCAUGGUGAAAUCUGCCACCCGGAUCAGGGUAAGUCAUUCCAUCUCAUUGCAGGUCACCCCACCAGCAACCACUUCCUUAGAGACGGGCUGUACACUUCAUUUGCGGACUGGCGAUUUGUACAUCGAGCCCGUCUCAGUGUGGUCCCGCUCAAUGGCCUACGACGCUUUGGCAACAUGUCAAAGAAGUGUCGCCAGUGCAGCCACUCCAAUGAGACACUUGCGCACGUCCUAA